AUGAAGAGUAAAAAGGGAAGUAAGAAGCGUGCAGCAGCACCGGAUCCAGAUCUUCCAACUGUUAAAGACAUCGUUGAACUUGGUAAUGGAGAGGCUGCAGACGGAGUCCUUGUUGAGGAUGAUCUGAAUGAACCAACCAUGGGAGAAAAACUUGAAAGUUUAAAUUUAUUAGAUAAUGAUGGACUAAAGAGCCAAGAUAAAGAAGACUCUUCUCUCAAUGCAAAGCCUCCAAGUGCAGACUCUGUUCAUAUUUUACUUAAACAAGCACUACAUGCUGAAGACCGUGCCCUUCUAUUAGAUUGCUUAUACACCCAAGAUGAGAAGGUCAUUGCAAAGUCUAUCUCACUAUUGAAUCCAUCUGGUGUUUUGAAGCUCUUACAAUCUCUCAUUUCUAUUAUUCAGUCGAGGGGUGCAAUUUUGGCAUGUGCACUUCCAUGGUUGAGAAGUCUACUUCUUCAACAUGCAAGUGGUAUAGUGUCCCAAGAAUCUUCUUUAAGUGCCUUGAACUCCUUGUAUCAGCUCGUUGAGUCCAGAGUUUCCACAUUUCAGUCAUCUCUUCAACUAUCAAGUGUCUUAGACUUACUUUAUACAGGGGUACUUGAUGAUGUGGAUGAGACUGGCACCACAAUUCCUGUUGUUUAUGAGGACAAUGAUGACAGUGAUGAAGAGGAAUCUGAGGAUGCCAUGGACACCGAUCAAGACGAUGAAGAUGAAGAGGAGUCAGAUGCAGCACUUGAUGGUGUUAGUGAUUUUGAAGGAAUUGAGGACAUAAGUGAUUGA